AUGUCCCUCGUUUGGGGCGGGCCAACUGACAAGGCGGGAUACUUCACAUUCAACUCAGUACCUAAUCCGGAAAUGAAUGGCAAACAGGCUUUGCUGUUCGUUGGUCAGACUGUCGGUGGCAGUAGCGCCAUCAACGGCCAGUACUUUGAUCGCGGAUCUAGACAUGACUAUGACGCUUGGACUCAGAUUGGAGGUCCUGAGUUUGCAAACAGUACGGCCAAGUGGGACUGGGAGAGCCUGUUUCCCUACUUCAAGAAGAGCGUGACCUUCACUUCACCAGAGCCAAGCGUGGUGGAACAGUAUGGGUUCACUUGGGACAUGUCCGCGUAUGGCGGCACGACUCCCAUCCAUUCGAGUUUCCCACCUUUUCUAUGGGGCGACAUUCACCUCGCAAGGGAUGCUUGGAGAGAUAUGGGUAUCCGAGCCCUAGAUGAGUGUGCAGGUGGUGACAAAGAAGGCAUGUGUUGGGUACCCAUAUCUCAGCAUCCAGUCACGGCCAGGCGCUCGCACGCUGGUUUGGGCCACUACUCCGACGUUUCGGGUAGACCAAAUUACGACUUGCUGGUCAAGCAUCAGGUCAUCAGGGUUGUCUACACUGACGGCGUCUCACACGGGCCACCACGGGUAGAGAUACGAUCUCUUUCUAACGAUGAAGUGUUCAAUGUAACCGCCAAAGCCGAAGUUGUCAUUUCUGCCGGCGCAAUGCACACACCUACCAUCCUACAAAGGAGCGGCAUUGGCCCUGCAGCUCUCCUCAAUGACUUGAACAUCACCGCGGUACUGGAUCUUCCUGGAGUAGGCUCAAACUUGCAAGAUCACUCUUCUCCCGGCAUAUCGUGGAACUAUACGAAGCCUGGCAACUUCUCCAAUAUGCCUUCAGACAUGCUUGAUCCUGCUUAUGCCGCCAGAGCAGUAGCAGAGUUCAAUAUGACGCCAGCACGAGGCCCUUACACGUUGGCCAUGAGUAAUACUGCCCUGUACAUCUCACUUCCUAACGUGACCGAAGAGUACAUGGAAAUCAUUGAGGAGAUGCGCAAGACGGCUGAUAGCGACUCAGCGGCUGCUCAUUUGCCAGAGAACUCCGACCCAAGCCUUGUUGCUGGCUACAAACGUCAACUUCACGUCCUUGCCGACCUUCUCGCAAACCCAGAAGCCCCCAGUUCAGAAGUACCCUUUGCGACUGGGACGACUAUGCGUCCUAUUAUUCUCCAUCCACUAAGUCGCGGUACUGUUCACCUCAAUUCAACCGACCUGUUAGCUCAGCCCAUACUUGAUUACCGCGCUGGCUCCAGUCCCGUCGAUUUUUCCAUUCAUAUUGCGCAUAUCAAAUGGCUUCGUAAGGUACUGGAUACUCCGACUAUGCGCAGGUACGGUGCGGUCGAAGCCACUCCUGGUCCAGCUGUUCAGUCAGAUGAAGACCUCAAAUCUUACAUAAAGAGUUCCAUGGUACUCUCGCAUCUGCACCCAUGCUGCACAGCUGCGAUGAUACCGAGGAAUCUGGGAGGCGUGGUAGGACCAGAUCUAAGGGUGCAUGGUGCAGCCGGAUUGCGCGUUGUUGAUAUCAGUAUUCUGCCUUUCCUACCAAGUGCACAUACGAGCUCAACAGCGUAUGCGAUUGCAGAGAAGGCUGCGGACAUCAUCAUAAACAGUCUAUAA